GAUGCAUCCGUGUGUAUAUGCAGGCAUGGAACAGUCAGUCAGUGUACAGACAUGGACCGACCCGCCUCCGUCGCCCCAGGCUAAGCUCUGCACACUCCUCUCCUUCCCUCUCCCCUCCCUCGCUCAGCCAUCUCUUACCUGCCGACCUUCUUGCUACUCCCACCACCGCCACCGCCACCUCCGCGCACAUCGUCGUUCCAGUAAAAUGUGUUGCAUCGACUGGCAGGGUGUGUUUCGUCACCCGACGGACGUGCGCACACCCAGAACAGCCGCCCCUUGUUGGCCCCCUCCUUGAGCACCCGCCGCUGGAUCAUGGCCUCGCCGUGCUUCUGACACACUGGGGCGUAGGGGGCCAUGGCCUCGUAGUCGCGCUGCUCCUUCUUGCUGAGGUAGCUCACGUUGCCUGCAUACACGCAGGAAGCCAUGCAUGCCGGAUAUGCUCAUGUGUGGGUGGGUGGAUGAAGGUGUGCAGACUGACCUAAUUUGACUUGGCUUUUGCCCUGCUUGAGGCCCCAGAAGCUGCCGCCGCUUCCCCCCUGCUUUGUCUUAGCCUGGCCCUGUCCCGCCUUGCCACCCGUCAGCAUCGACCGCAGAUCACGCUGACGCAACACAGGCGGAGGGGCAGCAGGUGCUGCAGCCUUUUUCACACGCACACUCGCCGCACUGCCGCCGCCCUCCCCACUCGGACCGUCUUGCGUCAGGUCGAUCGACUCAUCCUGGCUUUGGCCAUUCAACCCGGCACCCUCUGCAGUGCGCUUCUGCGGCAGCUCUUUCGCCGCAGCCGGUGCUGGUUUUGCCUUUGCAAAGGCGAAGAUGUUGGCCUGCCGCGACCGUGCCUCUUGCCAGUUGCAUGCACAAAAGGGCGGGGGGUCGGUGGGGGGGCCGGGCGGGUGUGGGGGGACGGUGGGGAUGGCGAAGGUGGCUGAGAUGGGGCAGUGGUCGGAUCCGUGUAUGUCUGGGUGGAUGUCGCAGCCGCUGAUGAGCGGAAGGAGGGAAGACGAGGCGAUGAUGUGGUCGGGACGGGCGCCGUAGUUGGUCAGCCGGGCGCCCUUGGACUGCACAAUGCAUAGCACAGAGUGGGUGGGUGGGUGGGUGCGAUAGAUAAUGCAAUGCAGCCAGCCAUGUGUGUGUAGUGAGUGUGUGUACCCCACCCUACCUGGUCCCAGCAUGUGUAGGCCUUCUCUCGCGUCGGGUGAAAAUGGCGGAACACAUCGACCAGCCCACACCGAUCCAUAAACGAGCUGCACACAUGGCAUCCACACAGCGGCCGCGGUUCACACACAUAGACAGACAGUGAUUGACCCACCCACAUGUGUGGUUGUGUUGUCUGCUUACUUGAGCCAGCUUGCACCAGCAUACGGCCAAACUUUGACCUUUUCCUCCUGCAGCUUGUCCCACUCCGCCGGCUCGUGAGCGUCGAGCUUGGAGGCCGUGAUGUUGAGAUCGCCGCACACCACCACCUGCCGACCGGCACGCACCAGCUCUCCCACACAGUACUCCAGACACCUACAGGCACCCAUCACACACACCACCAAACACACCCACACACCCCCUCUUGCUUGGCUUGCCGCCUUUUUCUUCUCUUGCUCACACGUUGAAGACUUGUUUCUGUUCCAUUCGCUGCUCGUCGGGCCGCGGCGUCGGUCCGUACAGAUUGAACAACACGAACGUCCCAUGGUCCGUCACCACACACCGCCCCUCCUUCUCAAGAUGCGCCAGCGCCUCAUCGAAGCUGAUGCCGGCAUCGCGCAUCUCGUCAGCCACGCGGGCGAAGCGGGAGCUUGGUGACUCGUCGCGUGUGCUCGAGCUAUGGCUAUGGCCGGCUGCCGAGUCGAGUCUUCGCCGCUUGCAUCGCUGGUCCACGGCUGCCGCUGUGAGUCCUUCCCAUGCGUCGAGGGGAGUGGCCUUGCCGAUGCGUGUGAAUGUGCCGACGCCCGAGUAGCCGCCGUUGGGUGAGACGGACUUGUCGGCGAGGGAGAGGAAGGCGUGCCACCUUGUGGGCUUGCCGUAGUGGCCAUCGACGUCACUCCUGGUCAUCUUGCACUCCUGACACACCACACAACACACGCAGAGAUACAGACACACACAUGAUUUGAUGGGAGGCGGAUCUGUGCAUCUAUCCAUCUUGUGUGUUGUGACUGACCUGGAAGCAGAGUAUGGAGGCCUCGUUGUGCCAUGAGUCGAGGAAGGCAGCCAAAUCCUUACGCUGAAAACCCUUCCUGCACACCACACAACACAAUGAAUGGCCAGUCACUCACUCUCAUGUGUUGAUUGGUUGUUUGUCAUGCUUGCUGAUCUGAUGCUUGCCUGCUCAGAAUGGCCGGCAGUGAGUUGACGUUGAACGACACAAGCCGCAGCCUCUCACACCUGCCCUCACAGUCUGCCGCAGCCGAUACGCCGCCGCCACUGAUCAUCGGCAACUUCACAAAGAGAUGCAGAUGAGCGCUACGGGAACACUGGCCGAGCCGCCAACAUACGCACCUCCUCACGCUCGCAGCACGCCCUUUUCUG